GUUCAGGGACCUGUUAUAGUAGAGGAUACCUGCUUGUGUUUCAAUGCCCUGGGGGGGCUUCCAGGACCCUACAUAAAAUGGUUCCUGGAAAAACUCCAACCAGAAGGCCUGUACAAGCUGCUGGCUGGGUUUGAAGACAAAUCUGCCUACGCUCUCUGCACCUUUGCAUUCAGCACUGGAAACCCAGAGGAGCCAGUGAAGCUGUUCAAAGGCCAGACUCAUGGGCUAAUAGUGGAGCCCAGAGGCCCUCGAGAUUUUGGCUGGGAUCCCUGCUUUCAACCGGAUGGCUACAACCAGACCUACGCCGAACUGCCCAAGGCAGUGAAGAACUCCAUCUCACACCGUUACAGAGCGCUAAGUGAGCUCUCUGCCUUCUUUCAUCAGACCAACUCGACA